AGCUGAAUUGACAACACUAGCUGUGCCAUACCUCGGAUACGGAUACCUAUCUUUCUGCCCAAUCCGUAGUUAACUCUCCACCUUUGCCUAAAAUGCUAAAGGGCAGUACUUUGAAAGCCUUGGACGUCAGAAUCCUAAGGCACCUUAUUAAAACAAGUGGAGGCCAGCAGCGCAGCUUUGCCAACAGCAUCCACAGGUCCUACAUAACGUUUAAUGAUUUCCGUAACAAGAACCGCUUGUGCACUAAAAAGGAGCUCGUGGGGUACUCUAUGCAAGACAUGUACAGCGUGGUAUCCGACGUCAGCAACUACUACAAGUUCGUUCCGUAUGUGAAACGGUCCCACGUCCACACCCAGGAUAGUGCGGGCUUCAAGGCGGACCUUAUUGUGGGUUUCCCGCCGCUGAACGAGGCCUACACCUCGCAGGUCACCCUGGUGCCGCACAGCUUGGUCAAGUCCGAGUGCCACGAUGGACGCCUGUUCAACUACCUGCUGAAUGAGUGGCGCUUUAGGCCGGGUCUCAAGGACAUACCCAACUCCUGCGUGCUAGACUUCAAGGUCUCCUUCGAGUUCAAGUCGCUACUGCACAGCAACGUGGCCAGCCUAUUCUUCGACAUUAUCUGCGAACAAAUGGAGAACGCGUUCAUCGAGGAAGUCAGACGGCGGAGUGGACCGCCCUCGAUCCGCUCCCACGUUCUUUUCUCCCAGCGAUCUUGACCAGAAAAUGUGGACUAGGGAAGUCUUUAUAAGUGAUUUAAGUUGUUAGUUCAAUUAACCAAAUUGUAAAUAAAUUGUCGAUUGAAUUGUGUAAGAACGGACAAAAUAUACGUACCUAAUCCUUCACCAGA